AUGUUGGAAGGGCUGGUAGCUUGGGUACUGAACAACUACCUCGGGAAGUAUGUAGAAAAUCUGAACACCGAUCAGCUGAGUGUUGCGCUGCUGUCCGGUAAGGUCGAGUUAGAAAAUCUUCCUCUUAAGAAGGAUGCACUUCGACACUUGGGCUUACCUGUGGAAGUCAAAGCUGGAUUUAUUGGAAAAGUGCAAUUGCAAGUACCAGUCAGACAAAUACGAUCAGCACCAUGGCUUAUUGCCAUUGAAAAGCUUUAUCUAGUUGCUGCACCUGUAAAUUUAGAUGAGUGGGACAGUACGGUCGAGGCAAAUAUCGCUCAUGAGCGCAAAAUCGCGAUACUGGACGCGCUGGAGGCGCAAUGGCGCGCUGAGCAUGAAGCUAACGAUGCGGGGUACUAUGCGGCGUCUUACUCUUCUUGGCUCAGUUAUGGCACUGGUUUGCUUGCAAACAUUGUGGAAAACCUACAGUUAAAGCUAAACGACGUGCACAUCCGCUACGAGGACGCCCUGACAUGCGCGCCGCACGCCUUCGCGUGCGGCUUCACGGUGGAGUCGCUGGCGGCGGAGUCAUGCGAUGCGGCCUGGCGCCGAGGGUUCACGCCGCUCGAGGAGUCCUGCUCCUUCAAGUUGCUGGAGCUCCACAACCUCGCCAUCUACUGGGACCCCAUGCCCGUGCCCGCGGGUAUGAUGGCUGACUGCACUAUCCCUGAGCUCACUGAGCGCAUGGGCGCGACAUGGGCAGGUGCGCACCGCUACGUGCUGGCGCCGUCCACGGCAAGCGCGCGCGUGCGCCGCGAGCGCUGCGAGCAGCCGCUGCGCGACCGCGCGCGCCCGCGCCACGCCUGCCACCUCACGCUCGACGCCGUGCGUCUGCGGCUCACCUCCAGACAGUACAGCGAAAUAGCGGGAUGCGCGCGCGGGCUGGAACAGAUCGCGCGCCUGCGCGAGGUGCGCGCGCUGCGCCCCGCCGUGCGCGUGAAGGGGCACGCGCGCGUCUGGUGGCUGUACGCGGUGCGCGCGCACCUGCCGCACCACACCUGGAUGGAGCCGAAGCCGAGCUGGGAGGAGAUGACGGUGCGCGCGCGCGAGGCGCGGCAGUAUGUGGCCACGUGCGCGGCGGCGCUGGCGCAGCCCGCGGCCACGCCGCCGCCGGAGCGCCAGGCCGCUCGCGACGACUACGAGUGGCGCACGCCGCUGCACCUGCUCAAGCCGCUGCGCGAGGUCCACUGUUUUACUCUCACUGUCACUUUAGAUCCAUGUCACUGGUUGAUA